AUGGGCGUUUAUGAAGAAGCAAAAGCUCGCAUAUCAAACUUGACAAAUAGAGCUCGUCGUGUGUAUGAUGCAGGGGAGGCAAUCAAAGGAGAUUCGAACGAUACGAAGGCAAAAAUUAAAUUUAAGAUAAUGUACGCAACUCUAGAAAAGUUAUCUGAAGAUUUUGAAACGCAGCUGUCGACAAUUAUUCGAUAUCAGUGCAAAGGAGCAACAGAGCCGGACGACAAAGGGGAAACAGAAAAAUGGCAAGCUGAGUUUGAAGAGUUGUAUGUAGGCUGUAAAAUUCUUGCAGAUGAGUACCUGCCCGAGGCUUCGGUUGAGUCAGCGUUAAAUAGAACUUUUUUAGAACAAAAACCACCUAAUUCUACAAACACCUAUUUUCCAGUAGAAAAAUUGUCUGUUCCGAUAUUUAGGGAAAGUCCACUAGAGUACACAAGUUUUCGAAACAUGUUUGAUAUUCUGGUACACGAAAGCAAUAUGUCACCGGUACUUAAAUUUGGAUAUCUGAAAUCCAGAUUGGAAGGAGAACCCUUAAAACUAAUCGGAAAUCUGAUGCUGACGGCCAGUAAUUAUGAGCUAGCCUUAUCGCAGCUAAAUGCACGGUAUUCAAACCGUCGUGUCAUCGCCGAGAGUCACCUUGACGAGUUGUCUAAAGCACCUAAUGCAUUGCACGAUGAUGGAGGUUCAAUAAAAACACUAUUAAACACCAUCGUUGAGUCCACUGGAGAAUUACGCAACUUAUCAUAUGCCGUAGAUCAGUGGGAUCCAAUUCUGUUAUAUUUGUUACAAAAGAAGUUGGACCAAAAUCUCAGGACACAGUGGGAAUUGUUAGUAGACACCACUGAAGAUCCAACGGUAUUAGAGUUUGUCACGUUCCUCACCAAGUACAGUAAAUCAGCUGCUGUAUGCCAAGCCAACGACAAACCUGCCACGAGCAGAGGAAACAAGUCGUCAAAAACCACCGCUUUAUUCAGAGAUCGCAAAGAACAACGACACACCUUUGCACCGAAGAAAACUAGCACUAAUCAACCAGAGAAGAGGACGUACACGUGUCAAGUAUGCAAUAGUCAUCCCGGACAUUUGUUAAUACACUGUCCAUUAUUCAAAGAAAAGUCACCAACCGAACGUUAUCAAAUAAUUAAGGAUCUGAAACGUUGUUUUAACUGCUUCAGCGCGCACAUGGCGAGCGAAUGUAUGAACCCAAAAAAAUGCUCGGAGUGUAGUGCAAAACACCACACCUUACUUCAUUUCAGUGACCACAAACAGGUUGUCACUUCUGCACAUGUCACAGUGGCCGCGUCGUCUACCAGAGACCCCCAUGCCUCAGUUUUGUUAGCAACCGCUAGUGUGGUGAUUCAGAAUGAAGAAGGAAAUCACGUCACCGUACGAGCACUAUUAGACAGCGCCAGUCAAAGUAGCUUUAUAACUGAGCGCUGUGCUCAUCUAUUGCAAUUGGUUAGAAAAAAAUGUGACGUUAUGGUACAGGCUCUGUCUGGGACCCGUGUUCCUGUGGUAAAAGGAAGCGCCAACAUAAUUAUCCGUCCUGUCGAUCAAGAAGAACCGCAAUUUAACGUAGAUGUCCUAAUUUUAUCUCGUAUAACAGGACCUGUGCCGUCAGAACGCGUUUGGUCAGAUAACUGGCCCCACAUACAUGGAUUACAAUUAGCCGACCCUGAAUAUUCCGAGACGCUACCGAUUGACGUUUUGCUCGGUGCCGAUGUUUUCCCGCACCUUUUCCUAGGUGAUAAAAGGGAAGGUAUCUCGGGACAACCGAUUGCUAUGUCUACAGUCUUUGGGUGGGUGCUCAUGGGAAAAACGUCUAGUGCACCAGACAGGAACAUAGUCACUAUGUGCUCAACCAUGGAUUCAGUAGACCGAACGUUACAGCGUUUUCUAGAAAACGAAGACGUUCCAACCGUAGAGAAAUCUAGUCAGGCUGACUUGGAAUGUGAACGAAUAUAUCAAUCAACCACAACGCGCCAAUCGGAUGGUCGUUAUAUAGUGCAUUUACCAUUUCAGCAAGACCCACCACUUCUCGGGAAAUCGAAAGACGUGGCAUUGCGUCGGUUAGAACAGUUGGAAAAUCGGUUCAAACGGUUUCCUGAGCUCCGUGACGAGUACCACAACGCGAUGAAAGACUAUCUGGACUUGGGUCAUAUGUCUCAAAUAAAAGUUCCAUCAGUCAAUGAACAGACGGGUGCGUAUUAUAUUCCCCAUCAGGCAGUGCUGCGUCCGGAGAGUACCACUACGAGAAUGCGUGUUGUUUUUGACGCUUCGGCAAAGUCUUCUUCAGGACUAUCUUUAAACGACAACCUUUGGUGUGGAGAAAAACUACAACAGGAAUUACCAAGCAUAGUCCUACGUUUCAGACUACAUCCCGUUGUAUUUACUGCUGACGUAAAGCAAAUGUUCCGUCAAAUAAAAGUAACCGAAGCUCACCGGCCGUACCAACGUUUACUAUACCGUUUCACACAAAAUGAGCCGAUUCAGGAAUACGAAAUGAAUACGGUGAUGUUUGGUCAGAAAUCAUCGCCGUUCCUAGCCAUACGGACUCUACAUAAGUUGGUAGAGGAUGAAGCCGCUAACAUGCCCACCGUGCAAGCGGUCGUACAUCAUGACUUGUAUGUGGAUGAUGUGGCGACAGGCGCAGAAACCGAAGAACUGGCAAUGGAACUUCAAAAAAACCUCGUGGAAGUUUUCGCAAAAGGCCAAUUUGAAUUCAGGAAAUGGUCAAGUAACUCAGAAAAUUUACUGGCUUCUAUUCCUGUUGACCAUAGAUAUACACAACCAGUCACACUCAUCGAGCAAGAGUCUGAGCAAACAAAGGUACUUAGUUUAAACUGGGACCCAAAAGCUGAUGUACUUAGUUACAAAUAUCAACCCAAUCCGGUGAAAUAUAGUAAACGCGCUAUACUUUACGAAGUUGCCCGUAUUUACGAUCCUCUUGGGCUGUUAUCACCAGUUACCACAGACCUCAAGAGACUCAUGAAAUAUCUCUGGUUGUUAGAAGUCGGUUGGGAUGAACCCAUCCCGGAAGAAGCGGCGACAGCGUGGAACAAAUAUCAUCAGGAAUUGCCCGUGUUGGCCACGUUAAAAAUUCCUCGUCUUGUCACACAUACUCGUGCGUCGUAUGAGUUGCACGGAUUUAGCGACAGCUCAGAGGCAGCGUACGCAGCAGCCGUAUACAUACGUGUAACUUCAGAAAGCCAAACCAAUUGCCAUCUGCUGAUGGGAAAGUCGAAGAUAGCUCCAGCUUCAAAGGUUUCUGUCCCACGGUUGGAGUUGUGCGGCGCGUGGCUGCUUGCUCGUCUCAUCAAUUACGUUCAGAAACACCUCGACAUGCUAAUGAUAUCUAACGUUACUGCUUGGACGGAUUCCACGGUAGCAUUAUCUUGGAUUCGGACACCGACGGUACGGCUAAAGACGUUUGUAGCAAAUCGUGUGGCAAAAAUACAACAGCUAACCGACACGAAAAUCUGGCGCCAUAUUCCGACCCGUGACAACCCCGCCGAUUGUGCGUCCCGAGGACUUGGGCCUAGCGAUCUAGCUACACAUGAGUUAUGGUGGAAGGGUCCCACAUUCCUACGUCAACCUGAGAACACUUGGCCUGUGGAGGGCACCAGGUGUCCCGCAAGUUGUCCAGAGGAAGAAGUUGAGCAGAAGCGGAUCACCCUACUCACCCAAGUUGUCGACGAUGAAUGCCGUGUACUGUGGCAAUCAGAUAACUUAUCCAAAGUGCUAAGACUCACAGCGUACCUGCUGAGGAUAGUUGACCGGCUAAGAAAGAAAACCACUCCACAUUGGACGUCGCCACCGACAACAGAGGAGACCGACAGAGCGCUACGGUCCUUGAUAC